AUGUUCGGGCCUAUAGACGGUGUUCAGAGCACCAUGUCCUCUCGAUCCAUAACCAUAGUGUCCUCUGGAAGGAGCACAUGCCUCGACCACAAUGGGAUGAGGAUGCAUGGCAAACUCCCAUUGGAGGAGGACAGGGAGUCCGGCAUCGGCUCCACCCUUGACCUCAGCAGCAGCUACAACCAACAUACCAGUCAACAUGCCAACAAACCUUCAAUCAGGGAAGCAAACAGCCUCCCCACAGAGAAAGAUUGCUCUCCUCAGACCACGACUGUGACUCCAAACAAGAUCAGGCAGCUUCUUAUCAAUCUAUCCAAGAUCCCUCUCCUCUUCAUCCUGCUCUUCUUUUUUGUUUGCUCCUUGGACACUCUGAGCUCUGCCUUCCAGUUAGCAGGAGGGAAAGUGGCAGGGGACAUUUUCCAGGACAAUGCGGUGCUGUCUAACCCUGUGGCGGGACUAGUGGUGGGGAUCUUGGUUACAGUGCUGGUUCAGAGCUCAUCAACCUCCACCUCUAUUGUCGUCAGUCUGGUGGCCUCGGGACUGUUAGAAGUGAGGUUGGCUGUUCCAGUCAUUAUGGGGUCCAAUAUUGGGACUUCAGUCACAAACACCAUAGUGGCCAUGAUGCAAGCUGCAGAGAGGACCGAGUUUCAACGCGCCUUUGCCGGGGCAACAAUCCAUGACUGCUUCAACUGGCUGUCGGUCCUGGUCCUGCUACCGCUGGAGGUGGUGAGCGGCCUCAUGGCCCGGCUGUCCCACCUGCUGGUCACCAGCUUCAAGCUCCAGCCUGGGGAGGAUGCACCUGAGCUGCUCAAGGUCAUCACCGAGCCAGUCACCAAGCUUAUCAUUCAGCUUGACAAGUGUGUGAUCACAGGGAUUGCCAUGGGAAAUGAGGACAUGAGGAACAGGAGCCUGGUGAAAGAAUGGUGCCAGACUGACCUUGUUAUGUCCACAGACAAUGUGAGCAUUGAAAACUGUGGCUUCAGUCAUGUCUUGUCCCAGACAUCAGUGAAGUGUAGGCAUUUAUUUGUUUCCACCGUGCUGUCAGACCUCAGCGUGGGGCUGAUUCUCCUGGCAGCCUCCCUGGCUGUCCUCUGCACUUGUCUGUUGCUCCUGGUCAAGCUGCUCAACUCACUUCUUAAAGGCCAAGUAGCAAAGGUCAUCCAUAAAGUCAUCAACACAGACCUGCCAUAUCCUUUUGGGUGGCUGUCAGGAUACAUGGCCAUGCUUGUGGGUGCAGGAGUGACAUUUGUGGUUCAGAGUAGCUCUGUCUUUACUUCAGCUAUGACUCCCUUGGUAGGUAUUGGUGUGAUCAGUCUGGAGCGGGCCUAUCCCCUCACCCUCGGUUCCAACAUAGGCACCACUGCCACGGCCCUGCUCGCAGCCCUGGCCAGUCCCGGGAACAAGCUAGCAGCGGCCAUACAGAUUGCUCUGUGUCAUUUGUUCUUCAACGUCUUUGGGAUUCUGCUGUGGUAUCCUCUUCCCUUCAUGCGUCUGCCGAUAAGGAUGGCUCGUGUCCUGGGUGAGCGCACUGCCAAAUACCGCUGGUUUGCAGUCUUGUACCUUCUGCUCUGCUUCCUACUCCUUCCCUCGCUGGUGCUGGGCCUCUCACUGGCCGGCUGGCGGGUAAUGGCUGGCGUUGGGGCUCCUUUCCUAGGCGUGACCAUCUUCAUCGCCAUGGUAAACAUUUUGCAGGCCCGCAGCCCCCGUCACUUGCCGGCUAAGCUCCAGAGUUGGGACUUCCUGCCCCAGUGGAUGCACUCUCUCAAACCACUUGACCGCCUGAUCACCAAGGCAACUGUCUGCUGCAGCUCAGCAAGCGAGGAGGGGAAGGGAGAGGGGGAAGAGGAGAACACCUCGACACAGACGAACUCUGUCGACCCAAAGACAGAGUCCGCCCAGAGGAAGGCAAAGCUGGCGUAUGACAACCCAGUCCUGGACUACCUGGAUGAGAGCAGACCUGGUGUACGGGUUUUUAAACUAAAAGGGUUAGAGAGGUGCAACAGCACUCCACUGUAGUUGGACUGAGAACAGAGGCUAUUUUAUAUUCUAUCAUGUCAAUAUCAUGGGAAGUGUAGGAUUCAGAAAAGUCAUUUUAUAAUUCUUUGGAAAUAAACCCAAUUAUAAUUAUUGAUAGACUGAUCAUUAGAGAUAUCCUCCCAAAGCCAUCAUGAGCUCCGUAUGAGUGUCAGAAAACAUCGACAGAGCUCUGCAGCUGGAAGCCAGGACAAACAUCAUUGGGCAGUGGUCUCAAAACACAUGAUAAAGAUGAAAAAACAAUCUCACCUCAAGGUUCAUUAAGUAAUUGUUCAGGGGCUUUCCAUCAUACGACAUGAUCUUCAUCACAGACAGUUUGCCCAGUUGUCAUGAUGAUGUAAAUGAUGACAUUUAAAUUUUUGCAGAGCACUUUAAGAACUUCCUUGUUUAACAUUCAUGUAACUGGGUAAACUCCACCUGCUGAUGAAGCUCAUAUGAUCAAAAGCUCCAGAGAAGAUGGUAAAUGGACCUUAUAGUGGUUUUAUUUUUUGUCAACUGUUGUUCUCAAGGUCAAUAAUGAACUUGAUGUAACACAAACAGUGCAGUGAACCAUGAAUCUGUAACUGGAAACUGUAUUAAAGACGCCCUGUGGAGCUCUUGGCCACUAGUAGCACAA